UGCACCAUUGGAUCGAGUAUCGACACGAUCUCUCUCUUUCUCUCUCUCUACUUCUGUAGCCUCUAGUCAACAGUGCUUACACCCAACGCAUGCAGAUCAAAACCUGGUCACCCAAGUUCUUCAAUUUAUCAGUUUACAAAACCCAUUAAGACCAGACAAACUCAUUUAAGAACUGAAAUCCAAUCCCAAUUUCAUGGGUUUUAGACCUCAAAAUCUGUUCCAUUUACUCAGGCAACACCAUGCCUUGUUCUCUAUUUCUCACAAGAUUCCCCCAUCAAAUUCGUUUAUGGCUAGUUUCUCUCUGUACAAUUCCAGCAAUAACUAUAAUCUUUUCGUCACAUUUGAAGAUAAUCACUAUUCAAAAACCAGUAAGAGGUGGCAUAUGGGACAUGCCCACCAUCACCACCCUGAUGGAAAAGAGGCUGAUUAUGUUUUCAGGUUGGGUUUAGGUGCUGAUAUUGCAUUAGCAAUAGGGAAAUCUUUGACAGGUUAUUUAUCAGGGAGCACUGCAAUCAUUGCUGAUGCUGCUCAUUCAAUUUCUGAUAUUAUCCUUAGUGGUGUUGCUUGGUGGUCAUUUAGGGCGGCAAGGGUUCCAAAGGACAAGGAACAUCCAUAUGGACAUGGUAAGUUUGAGACACUAGGUGCGCUAGGAAUUUCUGGUAUGCUUUUGGCGACUGCGGGUGGAAUAGCUUGGCAUGCUGUGGAUGUCCUACAGGGACUGCUGACCUCAAAUCCUGAUAUAAGUAUACAUUCAAUUGCACAUGAACAUGCAAGUAGCCAUGGUCAUGGAGGCCAUCACCAUCAUCAUGGAAUUGAUAUGGAUCACCCUAUCCUGGCAUUGAAUAUGACAAUCAUAUCAAUAGCUGUCAAAGAAGGGCUAUAUUGGAUUACAAAAAGAGCUGGGGAAAGGGAAGGGAGUGGACUGAUGAAAGCAAAUGCAUGGCACCAUCGUGCAGAUGCCGUGUCCUCUGUAGUUACCCUCACUGGAGUUGGAGGUGCUAUUCUUGGAGUACCAUUUCUGGAUCCUCUUGCAGGUCUAAUCGUCUCAGGAAUGAUACUGAAAGCUGGAAUUGAAUCUGGAUACAAUAGUGUGAUGGAACUUGUUGAUGCUGCUGUUCCGCAAGAUCUUUUGGUUCCAAUACGGCAUACAAUACUCAAAGUUGAAGGAGUCAAGGGAUGCCAUCACUUGCGGGGGAGGAAGGCUGGCUCUGCUUUAUAUCUUGAUGUUCAUAUAGAGGUGGAUCCAUUUUUGAGUGUCAGUGCUGCCCAUGAUAUUGGGGAAAGUGUUCGCCAUCAGCUUCAAACUUCCCAUUCUGAAGUUUCAGAAGUCUUUAUACACAUAGAUCCUGCAAUUUCACCAAGCACCGCUGUAUGUAGUCCUCAAAAGAGUUGCAAGAGCAAGAAAGACAAAGCUGUGAAUCCUCCCACGUUAAUGCAACAUGACGCUGAAGAAAUUGUGCAUCAUGUUCUUUCGUCAAAAUUUUCUGAGAAGAUGAAAGUCGAGCAUGUUACAUAUCACUCAUUACAAGGGAGUAUCCUCGUCCAAGUCCUGGUCUCCAUGCCCCCAGAACUAUUAAUUCGGGAAGCUAUGGAGAUUGCCUGUGAAGCUGAGAAGGAAAUAUUGAAGGCAGAUUCUAAGUUAUCACAGGUCAGUAUUCAGUUGAGGUUGGGCAAUCCAAUUGCACUACUAUACCAUGGAACAACAGUAUGGCAUAAAAUUUAGUCUCUUUUAGUUUUUGCCUUUCAUGGAUCAAAUAAUUUACAUUGUAACAAUUUGUAUUAGAUGUAGGUUUGAGUUUGAUUUAAAAUUGUUUAUUCAUUGUAUAUUGGCCACUUAUGCAGGCUGUUUGGAUGUAAGCUAAUUUAGAGGGUGGCUGACUACCCGAAAAAAAAUAAAAUAAAAUGGAGGGCGGUCAAACUUAAAAUAA